AUGAGUCAGCAUUAUCCACCACAACAGUUUUAUCCUCCUACCUACACUCAAGUUCAAGAUGCCGAAUAUGCUAAUCCCUACGCUAAUCCCUACGCUCAAAAUCCUUAUAAUCAAGGGCCCGUUCAUAGUGUAGUGGCAGAAAAAUGGAAUACAAAACCUUCGUAUCAAGAUUUAUGGGCCGUAAUAUUAUUUCUUGUUCAUUUGGUCGCUUUUGGGGUUUUUAGCUAUAUAGGGCUUAAAGAGUUAAUAAGCAAAAAGGAACUAGAUUCCAGUAUUUCUAAUCUUCAUUUGGAUUCUAAGGCUAUAGCGUUACUUGCGAUCGUUAUAUUUAUGGGAUUUAUUCUAAGUCUUAUAUAUAUGCUUCUAAUGCAACGGUUUCCAAAACCGCUUAUUACUGUAACUUUGUAUCUUUCGAUCGCCAUUUAUUUUAUUACCGCUGCAGUGUAUGCCUAUUACAAACAAUAUACAUUGACAAUUAUAUUUGGAAUUUUUGGGUUAAUAUAUUUGAUAUGUGCCUUUUCUUGGCGUGAUCGAAUUCCUUUUGCAGCUGUCAUGUUGGAAACGGUAGCGAGCAUAACAAAAAAGUAUUAUGGCACAAUUGUAAUGGGUUUCGUAGGACUAGUAUUACAGGUGGGAUGGCUUAUCUUAUGGGUAAUGAGCUUGGUUGGAACAUAUCGAGUUUUUUAUGAUAAAGCAAACUGUAGCACUAUAAAUGGUCAAACGACGUGUCAAAAUCUCACUCCACUUUAUAUUGUAAUGAUAUAUAUGUUAUUCAGUUUUUACUGGACUAGUCAAGUUAUUAGAACUAUAGUACACGUUACCAAUUCUGGUGUUUAUGCAGCAUAUUAUUUCCUUGAGGGCACUCCACAGGGAACUGGUUCUACUCCUUCUAUUAGCUCACUUAAGCGUGCAUGUACUACAUCCUUUGGAAGCAUUUGUUUUGGAAGCUUAAUUCUUGCGUUGCUUGAUACUAUAAAAGCAAUAUUUCGCAUCGUUGCGAGCAAUGAUGAAGGAAUUUGUGGAUUUUGUGCUGCCUGUUUCGCUUGUUUGUUAGCAUGGAUUGAGUCCUUAGUAGAAUACUUUAAUCAUUAUGCAUAUGUGGAAGUUGCCAUCUAUGGUAAAUCAUAUCUCAGAGCCGCUAAAGAUACUUGGGCUUUAAUAAAAGAUCGUGGUGUUGAAGCCAUUAUCAAUGAUAAUCUCGUUGGGAACGUUUUGGUGAUGGGCUCUAUUUUGAUCGGCGUUAUCUGUGGAUUAUUUGCAUUCGGAUAUAUAAAAUUACUUCAUCUUCCCUUUGAAGACAACGGCCUUGAAGUGUUUUUAUUUGUUGUGGUUUGUUUUUUGCUUGGAUUGACAAUGGCGAUUGUUGUAACUGACGCUAUUGAUUCGGGAAUUACGACUACAUUUGUGGCUCUUGCUGAAGACCCUGGCGCCUUGGCACGGACAAAGCCCCAGCUGUUCGAAAAAUUCCGUCAAAGAUGGCCUCGUGUCGUCCAAGGAAUUUAA